CUAUGCCAUAUCGGGAGGCGUAGUAGUUGAGAGUCCUCUUAGUCAUUCCGAGCUUUAAGGACACGGGUUUCAUAUAUACUAUCUCCACACAUGUGCUAUAUUCGCGUUUAAUAUCUCCUGCUGUACCGACAUGGAUUCAGAGGACUUUUAUGCAAUCUCCGCUGAAUGGCUCCAACGCCUACAGGUUGCAUCAUCUACCGGAGAUUCUACAUCAUUUGUGAGCCAAUUCCUUUCGGAUGGGUGGCUCAGAGAUCUUCUAUGUUUUUCUUGGAAUUUUAGGACGCUAUCAGGUCUGGAACAAAUACAUGGAUUCCUCUCGGAGGUGGUUGAUGGAAAGCCGCGACUUGAACAUUCUGGUCUUCGUGACUUCAAGCUAGACGAUCACACCGCCAAUGCGCCUUCACCGUUCAAAUUGCCAGGUCCACAAGGCAUGGAAGGAGUACAAGGCGCUUUCACAUUUACCAUUACGAAACCGGCUGCAUUCGGACGAGGUUUCUUCCGUCUGACACAAGAUGCCGAUGGAGAGUGGAAAGCUUUAACCCUCUUUACAAACAUGCAGGACCUCGUCGGGAACGAGGAGUCUUCCGCAAAUCAACACGGCCUAUAUGAGGGUCGAAAGAUGACAUGGGAGGAGGAUAUUGAGGCAAAAUUCCGUGCUAUAGAGGCGGACCCCACUGUUUUGAUCGUUGGUGGUGGACAAGCUGGCCUCAUGUCUGCAGCGAGGUUGAGUAGGUUGGGCAUCCGCGCGCUCGUGAUAGAGAAAAAUGCGAGCGUCGGAGACUCCUGGCGACAACGGUACCCAAACCUUACGCUGCAUACUCCUGCAUACCAGAGCUCCAUGCUUUACAGUCCCUAUCCGACGACCUUUCCCAAGUAUAUCCCUAAGGGGAAACUUGCUAAUUUCCUGGAUUCAUAUGCUGUGAACCAGGAAUUGUGUAUCUGGCUCUCGAGUAGCGUAGCUUCAACUCCAGUGUACAAUCCAUCAUCUGCAAGAUGGACUGUGGAAGUACAGCGCGGAGACCAGAAAAUAUUUCUUAACCCAAAGCAUUUGGUACUUGCUAUAGGAAGCGGGAGUCCUCGCUUUCCUACUUGGAAUGGAAUGAAUGAAUUUCAAGGAGCAUUGUAUCAUUCUGACUUUCAUAGAGAUGCAGAACAAUUUCGAGGCAAACGCGUUGUAGUUGUGGGUGCGGGUAAUGCUAGUGCGGACAUAUGUCAAGAUUUCGUGGCGCAUGGUGCUGCUGAGGUAACAAUGAUCCAAAGAAGCGCUACAUGUGUUACAUCUUCGGCCGCCGCAGAGAAAACCCACUUCAGGUCGCCUUUCCCUGACGGCACCCCUAUCGAGGAACUAGAUUUCCGCAAUAAUUCAAUGCCUCUGUCCCUUCUCCUGCAACUGCAAAUCUCAGGUGGGGCACAACACAUGAAGAUGCUCGAUAAGGAACUCCACGACGGUUUGCGCGAGGCUGGAUUCAACUUAACUUGGGAACUUUCGCCAGGUAGUGGCGAGGUAGGGCUGGAAGGAUUUUUGUUCAAACGACUGUCGUCAGGAUCUAUGCUUGACAUCGGCUGUGGUAAACUAAUCGUUGAAGGCAGAGUCAAGAUAAAGCAAGGCCAAUUAAUCAGUCACUUCGAAAGAGAUGGGAUCGCGUUUAAAGACGGCUCCAAGCUUUCAGCAGAUGUUAUCGUCAUAGCUACAGGAAAUGAACCCAUCAUUAAGACCGCGAAAGCUCUCCUUGGCAAUGAUAUUAUCGCUCGACUUCUUUCACCUGAGGUCCUCGGCCUUGAUUCAGAGGGAGAAUUGAACCAGGUAUAUCGACCCUCUGGACAUCCGGGACUUUGGUUUGCGUCUGGUCCAUUUGCGAUUUCGCGUUUCUUCAGUAAGCACCUGGCUCUGCAAAUCUUGGCAAGAGAGCUCGAUAUAGCAUGACAGAAGGGGCAUUGCUGUUAUACAUGAUAUAUCUAUAUCAUACGUCGGGAACACUUAUAUCGAAGUUAUGAAGACCAACCAUGCUGCAUGACUUACAUGCGUGUUUUCCGCUAUUAGAAAGACGUUGAUUCAAUGCUUACAAACAACUAACCAUACAUAUCGACAGUCAAAAGGAAACUGGUGAUCAUAGAUCACUCUCCAAGAUCGACCAGUCUGCCUACA